AUGAUCUAUCUUUAUUCUGCUAUAUUAACAAAUAGUUCAGAUAAUGAAGAACAAACCAAUCAUCAAGGUUACACAAAUACAUUUUGGAUAGGUUUAGGGAUGUCAGUGAUAACAAACUUAAUACAAGCAUUUGCAACAGCUUAUCAACGAAAAUUACAUUUACUAAACGACAGGAUAUUUCCAAAAGAAUUACAAAAGAAGUCAUAUCAAAGACCAAUGUGGUUAAUCGCGUUUAUAUCCUUUAUCAUAGCAAAUGGAAUUGGCUCCAUCUUUUCUAUUGGAUAUUUACCUGUUAUCCUAUUAGCGCCAAUUGGUGCCAUAAAUUUAGUGAUGAAUGCCUUUGCAGCGAAUAUUGUUUUAGGUGAACCAUUAACAAGAAGGAGUAUUUUAGGUACAGGGUUUAUCAUGAUAGGUGCUUUACUGGUUGGAUUUUACGGCAGAAAACGCCAAAAGAUGGAUUGGUAUAAGGGUGUACUCUCUGGUGAUAUUAGCAGUCAAAGUAUGUUAUUUGCAAAGAGUGGUAUCGAAUUAAUUAUCAUAACUAUCCAUGGUGAAAAUCAGUUACAAUAUUCUUUAACUUGGUUUUUACUUGUCAUGAUGAUUUUGACAGGUGCAAUGCAGUUAUACUAUUUAAAUAAAGGCCUCAAAUUAUGUGAUAACAUGAUAUUAAUACCAGUCUCCUUUUGUAGUUUUAAUUUAUCAUGUCUAUUAAAUGGUCUUGUCUAUUAUGGUCAAUGGAGUUUAUUUGGCUGGUAUCAAUUAUUAAAUGUUAUAUUGAGUGUUUGUUUUACUAUUUUAGGUGUCAUCUUAUUGUCGUUACAACAGAAGAAAAAAGACACAAAGGUAGGCAUGACAACCACUAACAAAAAUGCGGAGAAUCAUCUUUUAAUUGACGACCACUAUGAACCUAUUGCGCUUUUAUCGGAGACUGAAAGAAGCUUUCUCAUCCUAGACCAAGAAGAAGAAGAAGCAUUACAAAAAAAUGACACUGUGAUAAGAGUGUAUAACUACUACAAACAAUAG